UUUUAACCCAAAAAAAAAAAAAAAAUCUAGAGCAAGCCAAUUGAGUCAACUCAUUUAUUCCAUAAAGGAGUUUGCCGAGUCCCUAAAACGGAGGGAACCUUAACCAAGUUCUUACAAAGAUCAGCAUAACAUCAGCAUGACAUCAACUCAUAGGCCGCGAGACUUGGGACUUCCAAAGCCGAGAAUAAAGGCAACACGAGAUGGCCAAGGCUUUGUACCUUUGACCGAAAAGGUGAAGUCUCCCAUAACGAAACCCCCACAAAGUCCAAACUCCAAUGGAGGAGAUCCCAAGUUGCCCCCUAUAAAAGCCCCACUUCCCCUUCUCUCUCUCUCUCAAUCUCCCCAACCCAUCAGGCUCCAUCUCCCGCUCUCCAACAAAAAGAAGCAAUCCCAAACCAUUCACGGUUUGUCAGAGUUCCCAAGCUCUGUACAAACAGAGGAUUCAAUGGCUGAAACAGAGAUCUCCCCUGUUCUCCAAGAGCCUCGCCAUGUGGUAAGGAAAUUUCAAGCAAGACCUCAGCAUGAAGGCGAUGGCGCCGUUGUCAGAAGAAGCAUUGGAAGGUUUGAGCUGAAGUACUUUGAUCCUUUCCUUGUUCUGGAUGAGUUCUCAGUUGCUGCUCCUGCUGGAUUUCCUGAUCAUCCGCACAGAGGUUUUGAGACUGUCACCUACAUGCUCGAGGGAGCAGUCAUGCAUGAGGAUUUUGAGGGCCAUAAGGGGACAAUAAAGGCCGGCGACCUGCAGUGGAUGACGGCCGGCAGGGGGAUCGUGCACUCCGAGAUGCCGGCGGGGCCGGGGAUCUCCAAGGGCCUGCAACUAUGGGUCAAUCUCUCCUCCACGAACAAAAUGAUCGAGCCAAGAUAUCAAGAAAUACAAAGCAGUGACAUAGCUUGCAUGGCUAAAGAUGGCGUCGAGGUCCGAGUCAUAGCCGGCGAGUCCAUGGGAGUCCAAUCUCCAGUGUACACCAGGACCCCAACCAUGUACUUGGAUUUCAAAGUCAGGCAAUCGGCCCAUCUUCGUCAGCCCAUCCCAGCAACAUGGAACUCAUUUGUCUACGUCCUGGAAGGCGAAGGAGUGUUUGGUUCUGAAAGAACUGCUCCAGUUGGGCCGCACCACCUCCUCCUCCUGGGCCAAGGUGAUGGGCUGGAAGUGUGGAACAAGUGCUCCAAGCCCCUUAGGUUUGUGCUCAUUGGAGGUGAGCCUUUGGGUGAGCCUGUGGCUCAGCUAGGUCCCUUCGUGAUGAACACUGAAGAAGAGAUCGAUCGGACGAUCGAUGAUUUCCAAUUCUAUGUCAACGGGUUUGAGAAAGCCAAGCAUUGGAGAUCGGAAGGCAUGGGGGGCCUUUAAGUAUGUCAAGAUCUUCCUUUAGUGCAAGAAGAGUAAAAGGAUGUCUUAUUUCAUUCGAUCGCCUUAUUUUUUUUUUUCAAUUAUCAUCAUACAGAAUAAAUUCCGGUGGUGCUUAAGUUUUAUUAAAUUGGUUGUGUUAUAGACACUUAUAUUUUGCCAAGGUCAGAAGCAAGGGAGGACUAAUAGGGGAAAGGCCUUUAGUGCCCUGUAUAUAAUGAAGUGUAGGCCAGAUGACCGACUUGUUGGUGAAGCUCUAGAGAGCAUAUGUUCUUGAACACUUGCUUUUAAUGAUUUCGUAGUCUAUAAUGUUAUAUGUCUAAUUUUCUACUGUUGAAUGGAAUUGCUUUUCAGACCU